AUGGGUGCCGUGCUUCAGACUCUCUUACUGUGUACUUUGUGUUUGCAGAUACGCGGGCUGCCGCUGCUCCUGUAUGCUAACCGGAGGGACCUGCGUCUGGUGGACGCGGCUCACGGUCGGGCCAACGCCACGCUGGUGAUGGGCGGUCUGGAGGACGCGGCGGCGGUGGAUUAUAUCUAUGCGCAGGGCCUGAUCUACUGGAGCGACGUGAGCGAGGAGUCUAUUAAACGGACGCUGUUUAACGGCUCGGCGCCCAGCGGCGUUCAGACCACCGUCAUCUCCGGUCUGGCCUCUCCGGAUGGCCUGGCCUGCGAUUGGAUGGGGAAUAAACUUUACUGGACCGACUCCGAGACCAACCGCAUCGAGGUGGCAGAGCUGGACGGGACGCACCGCAAGGUGUUAUUCUGGCAGGACCUGGACCAGCCGAGGGCCAUCGCUCUGGACCCGGGCCGCGGGUUCAUGUACUGGACGGACUGGGGCGAGAUCCCGAAGAUCGAGCGUGCUGGGAUGGACGGGUCGCUGCGCUCUGUCAUCGUGGAAACGGAGAUCUACUGGCCCAACGGCCUGACCCUCGACUACCAGCAGCAGCAGCUCUACUGGGCCGACGCCAAGUUCAACUGCAUACACCGCUCCAACCUGGACGGCUCCAGCAGGGAGGUGGUGGUGAAGGGCUCUCUGCCGCACCCGUUUGCGCUGACGCUGUACGAGGACACACUCUUCUGGACGGACUGGAACACACACUCCAUUCACUCGUGCCACAAACACACGGGCGAGAACAGCCGCGAGGUACACUCCAACAUCUUCUCCCCGAUGGACAUCCACGUCUACAGCCAGCAGCGCCAGCCCAUGGACGUGGCGAGCCCCUGCUCUGUGAGGAAUGGAGGAUGUUCUCAUCUGUGUUUGCUGUCUCCGGCCAAACCCUACUAUCAGUGCGCCUGUCCAACCGGCGUACAGCUGCUGGAGGACCACAAGAGCUGCAGAGACGGUGAGAUACACACACACGCACACACACGCACGCACGCACGCAUGCACGCACACACGAUCAGUCGGGCCUUCAUGAACGGCAGCUCUCUGGAGCAUGUGGUGGAGUUCGGGCUGGAUUACCCAGAAGGCAUGGCGGUGGACUGGCUGGGCAAGAACCUGUACUGGGCUGACACGGGCACCAACCGCAUCGAGGUGGCCAAGCUGGACGGGCAGCACCGGCAGGUGCUGGUGUGGAAGGAUCUGGACAGCCCCCGCGCACUCGCCCUCGACCCCGCUGAAGGGUUCAUGUACUGGACAGAGUGGGGCGGGCGGCCCAAGAUAGACCGUGCAGCGAUGGACGGGUCGGGCCGCAUCACUCUGGUGCCGAACGUGGGCCGAGCGAACGGACUGACCAUCGAUUACGCUGAGCGACGGCUCUACUGGACUGACCUCGACACCACACUCAUAGAGUCCUCCAACAUGCUGGGUCUGGAGCGCGAGGUGAUCGCGGAUGAUCUCCCGCACCCGUUCGGCCUGACGCAGUAUCAGGACUACAUCUACUGGACGGACUGGAGCCAGCGCAGCAUCGAGCGCGCCAACAAGACCAGCGGGCAGAACCGCACCGUCAUUCAGGGCCACCUGGACUACGUGAUGGACAUCCUGGUGUUCCACUCGUCCCGGCAGAGCGGCUGGAACGCCUGCGCCGCCACCAACGGCCACUGCUCACACCUGUGCCUCGCCGUACCUGUGUGCAGCUUCACCUGCGGCUGCCCCGCCCACUACUCCCUCAACACCGACAACAAGACCUGCAGCGCGCCGACGUCGUUCCUGCUGUUCAGCCAGAAGACGGCUAUUAACCGCAUGGUGAUGGACGAGCUGCAGAGCCCCGACAUCAUCCUGCCCAUCCACAGCCUGCGGAACGUGCGCGCCAUCGACUACGACCCGCUGGACCGGCACCUGUACUGGAUCGACGCCAAGCAGAAUGUGAUCCGCCGAGCACAGGAGGACGGGAACCAGAGUGUGACGGUGGUGUCCGGCGCUGUUGGCGGCUCAAACCUCGGCCUGCAGCCGUACGACCUGAGCAUCGACAUCUACAGCCGCUUCAUCUACUGGACCAGCGAGCUCACCAACGUGAUCAACGUGACGCGCACAGACGGCUCGCGGGUCGGCGUGGUGCUGCGCGGAGAACACGACAAACCCCGCGCCAUCGCUGUCAACCCUGAGCGCGGGUACAUGUACUUCAGUAAUCUGCAGGAGCGCUCCCCGAAGAUCGAGCGCUGUGCUCUGGACGGGACGGAGCGUGAGGUGCUGUUCUUCAGUAAUCUGGGCCGGCCGGUGGCUCUGGCUGUGGAUAAUGAGCUGGGCAAACUCUUCUGGGUGGACAUGGACCUGCGGCGCAUCGAGAGCAGCGACCUGUCCGGAGCCAAUCGGAUUGUGAUCGAGGACUCCAACAUCCUGCAGCCGGUGGGCUUGACGGUGUUCGGGAACUUCCUGUACUGGAUCGACCGGCAGCAGCAGAUGAUCGAGAGGAUCCACAAGGUGACGAGAGAGGGACGAACCAAAAUACAGGCGCGCAUCGCCUCACUGAGCGACAUCCACGCCGUCCACCAGCUGGACAUGCAGGAGUACAGUAAACACCCCUGCACGUCUGAUAACGGCGGCUGCACACACAUCUGCAUCGUGAAAGGAGACGGAACCACACGCUGCUCCUGCCCCAUUCACCUGGUGCUGCUGCAGGACGAGCUCUCGUGCGGAGAGCCGCCCACGUGUUCUCCAGAGCAGUUCUCGUGUGUGUCGGGUGAGGUGGACUGUAUCCCGCAGGCGUGGCGCUGUGACGGGUUUGCGGAGUGUGAUGACAGCAGUGAUGAGCGGGACUGUCCUGUCUGCUCCAGCCGGGAGUUCCAGUGUGACAGCCGGCAGUGUGUGGACGCGGCGCUGCGCUGCAACGGAGAGAUCAACUGCCAGGACCGCUCCGACGAGAACAAGUGUGAAGUUCUGUGCCCUGCGGAUCAGUUCACCUGCUCAAACGGACAGUGCAUCGGCCGACACAAGAAAUGUGACAACAACAUGGACUGCACAGACAACUCAGACGAGAUCGGCUGCUAUGCGACAGAGGAGCCGUCGUUUGCUCCCACUAACACCAUCGGCUCAAUCGUGGGUGUGGUGAUGGUGCUGUUCGUGGUCGGCGCGGUGUAUUUCGUGUGCCAGCGCGUGCUCUGCCCGCAGAUGAAGGACGACGCCGACACCAUGACCAAUGACUUCGUGGUUCACGGACCGCCGCCGGUGCCGCUGGGAUACGUCCCACACCCCGCAUCCCUGAGCGGAUCACUGCCAGGCAUGUCCAGAGGGAAGUCAGUCAUGGGCUCGCUGAGCAUCAUGGGAGGCAGCAGUGGACCACCGUACGACCGCGCUCAUGUGACCGGAGCCUCGUCCAGCAGCUCGUCCAGCACUAAAGGAGCAUAUUUCCCUCCGAUCCUGAACCCUCCUCCAUCUCCAGCCACCGUCAGGUCUCAGUACACCAUGGAGUUCGGCUACUCCUCCAACAGCCCGUCAACACACCGCUCCUACAGCUAUCGGCCGUACAGUUACCGCCACUUCGCUCCUCCGACGACGCCGUGCAGCACGGAUGUGUGCGACAGUGACUAUACGCCGGGCCGCCGGGCUCCGCACGCAUCCAGCGCCACUGCUGCUAAAGGCUACGCUAGCGACCUGAACUACGACUCGGAGCCGCUGCCGCCGCCGCCCACGCCGCGCAGCCAGUACCUGUCGGCGGAGGAGAACUGCGAGAGCUGCCCGCCGUCACCGUACACCGAGCGCAGCUACUCGCACCAGCUGUACCCGCCGCCGCCCUCGCCCUGCACAGACUCCUCCUGA